AUCGCUGCCUGCACAGAGGAAAUAUAUGAGAUCCCCUCUAAUCCCUGAAAUGGCGACACAGGAGGUUCAGCUGAAUGAGACUCUGGCUCAUCUCAAAACGGAAUCGGAGACGCUGAAGACGAAGCUGGAGGAGGAAAGAGCGAAGCUGCACGAUGUCGAGUUACAUCAGGUGGCAGAGAAGGUGGAGGGACUGGGCCAGUUCGUCAUGAAGACCCGGAGGACUCUGAAGGGACAUGGCAACAAAGUUCUGUGUAUGGACUGGUGUAAGGACAAGAGGAGGAUCGUCAGCUCCUCGCAGGAUGGAAAAGUUAUCGUGUGGGAUGCCUUCACUACCAACAAGGAGCACGCAGUGACAAUGCCUUGCACCUGGGUGAUGGCCUGUGCCUAUGCUCCCUCCGGCUGCGCUGUGGCCUGCGGCGGCCUGGACAACAAAUGCUCGGUGUAUCCUCUGUCCCUGGACAAGAAUGAGAACCUGGCCGCGAAGAAGAAGUCGGUGGCCAUGCACACGAACUACCUGUCCGCCUGUAGCUUCACCAACUCAGACAUGCAGAUCCUGACGUCCAGCGGGGAUGGCACGUGUGCACUAUGGGAUGUGGAGAGUGGGCAGCUGCUGCAGAGUUUCCAUGGACACGCAGCAGACGUGCUCUGUCUGGACCUGGCUCCCUCGGAGACCGGAAACACAUUUGUCUCUGGGGGCUGUGAUAAGAAGGCUAAUGUGUGGGACAUGCGAUCAGGACAGUGUAUUCAGUCUUUUGAAACUCAUGAAUCAGACAUAAACAGCGUGCGAUACUAUCCCAGUGGAGACGCAUUUGCAUCUGGCUCAGAUGAUGCUACAUGCCGUUUGUACGACUUAAGGGCAGACAGAGAGGUGGCUAUUUAUUCUAAGGAGAGCAUUAUAUUUGGGGUCUCCAGUGUUGAUUUCUCUCUAAGUGGUCGGCUACUGUUUGGUGGCUACAAUGACUACACCAUAAAUGUUUGGGAUGUUCUCAAAGGAACGCGAGUCUCCAUCCUGUUUGGACACGAGAACCGUGUUAGUACACUGCGUGUUUCCCCAGAUGGGACUGCCUUCUGCACAGGUUCCUGGGACCACACUCUUCGGAUCUGGGCUUAAAGGCGAAGAAACCGCACUAAGUGGUAGACAGGCCUUCUGAAGACACGCUGAUGUUUCUAUUUGCUAGAGUACAAUCACAGAAAUAGAGACUCAGUUGUACAUAGAGCAUAUCUAUAGCUUUGUAUAUAGUUUAGUCUCAUGGCCAGGCUAGAUUUGAAUAUUUCAGAGAGUUAUCAAACCAAAUGGCACGCUUGUAUUACAGUGAGAGUCAGAGAAUAUUGCACAGACGUACUUAUGGUUACAACUUAAGCUGUACAAUGUAUAUUGAAAGAAACUAAACAUUGGUAGUGACUAGCAUCAGUCUAGGGUAGAAUUGACACAAUAAAGUGAUGUACUGUAUCUGUCCACAUAAAGGCAUGACUUGUUUACUUGUUUUUUAAAUUUUCUUUGCACAAAAAAUAUGGAAUGCAAUUUACGGAACAAAAUGGGAGACAGGGAAACUAAAUGCAUCUGCAGGAGAAGCUUUACUUAGCUAAACCUGAAUAAUCCCGUUUUAUAAGAUGUCAAUAUUAGUUUGUUUGAAAAAAACUGAAAAUAAUAUUUAAUAUGAAGGAACAAGUUCAAACUGUUCACAGACGAAACAGUCUAUGGUUUCUUUAUUUUUACACAAUGUGUGCCCCACAAGUCUUUUUCACUGUUAACAGCACCACACCUGCCAAUAUUAUUCUAAAGCAACAAAGCACAUUUACAGAAAAUUCUGCAGCAUGUUUAUUUUCCGUCCCCAUGAUCUUAUAAUAUGGUUUAACUCUUAUUGAUGUUCGUUUCCAGUUGUGGAAGCCACCUACUGCUCAAUGCACACUUAAGUUCUUGUUUCCCACCAGACAUUUAAAUGACAAUAUAUACAGAACAUGUUUAAAUUCUUAGAAUGUAUUCAUCUUCAUGUCCAAUGGCUGUAAUUUCAUAUUAAUUGUAAUUACUUUAUUGUAGUCUAGUGUACAGUUAUAAAAAAAGACUGUUUAUCAAAAUAUUAUAAACAUAUUAAACUGAGUUUUGAAUAUCAUAA